UCAGAGGUGCUGCGGGAAGCUGCCCGGGGCUGGAAGGAGGGCAGGAGCAUCUUCGAGAAGGAGUCAAGCGGCAAGCCAGUGGCACGGAGCAAGACCAUGCCUCCCCAGGUCCCCCCGCGGACGUACGUCUCCCACUUCGGCAACCGGAAGAAUCUGGCACAGAACAAGAACCGCAGGAUCUCCGUUGACCCGGUUGCCCCCCGGCCUCACUCCUUCUCCAAUGGCUACGAGCUCUUUGAAGUCUCCGAGGAGCGGGAUGAGGAGGUGGCUGCUUUCUGCCACAUGCUGGACGUGCUGCGAUCCGGCUACAGCACCAAGGACUAUUCCCUCACCGGCUUGGUAUGGAGUGCCGUCAACCUCAGCCCCGAGCAGCUGGGCCACGGCGUCAGCCUGAAGGUGACCGUGGUGUGCGACAGCCUGCGGGAGCCCCUCACCUUCACCUGCGACUGCUCCUCCACCGUGGACCUGCUCAUCUACCAGGCACUGUGCUAUACGCACGACGAGCUGCACGCCGUCGACGUCGAGGACUUUGUCCUCAAGAUCUGCGGCUUGGAGGAGUUCCUGCAGAACAAGCACGCGCUGGGCAGCCAUGAGUACAUCCAGCACUGCAGGAAGUUCGACAUCGACAUCCGCCUGCAGCUGAUGAGGAGGAAGGGGGUACGCAGCGAUCUGGCCCGCACGGAGAAUGAUGACCAGAGCCCUUCCACCCUCAACCACUACAUCCACCUGCAGGAGAGACCCAUCAAGCAGACCAUCAGCAGGCAGGCCCUGAGUCUCCUCUUCGACACCUUCCACAACGAGGUGGAUGCUUUUUUGGCAGCCGAAGGAGACUUCCCGCUGAAGGCGGAGCGGGUGAUCCAGUCGGUCAUGGCCAUCUGCAAUGCCCUGGCUGCCGUGGAGUCCCAGGAGAUCACAGCAGCCCUCAACCAGAUGCCCCCCUGCCCCUCUCGCAUGCAGCCCAAAAUCCAGAAGGAUCCAAAUAUUCUGGCCAAGAGGGAAAAUCGAGAGAGGAUCGUGGAGAGCCUGACAGCCGCCAUCCUCAACCUGGUUGAGCUCUACCGCAGCACCUUCAAU